AUGGAAUCUGCUGGGGCCCCAGAGCAUGGAGGCUCAGGCAUUGACACAAAAAACGAUGAUGAGACCGCAUUGCCCGGUGAACUUAUCUCGGCAGGAUCCCAACAUCUCCAUCGCAGCUUAGACGGUAAAUCCAUACAGCUACUUGCGCUCGGCGGUGCUAUUGGAACAUCCCUUUUUGUCCAAAUGGGCGCCUCUCUUGCGAAAGGCGGACCUGCCGGACUAUUCCUAGGUUUCGUGGCCUAUGGCACCAUUGUUCUAUCCGUAAACCAGUGCUUUGGUAGGCACCAGAUUAAUCCAGUCAUCACUGACUAUUUGCUAUAUACUGAUUCAGACUCAGCUGAAAUGGUGACAUAUCUUCCAAUCGCAUCGCCGUUCGUUCGGCUUUCUGGAUUUUGGGUCGAUGAUGCGCUAAGCUUCGCUAUGGGGUGGAACUAUUUCUUCCUGAUGGCAUUCGCAAUUCCUUAUGAAAUCACGGCGAUUGAUGUACUCCUUGGCUAUUGGACUGACAAGAUACCCAUCGGGGCCGUCGUAGCAGUUUGCUUGGUGAUUUAUGCUGUCCUGAACGGGCUUGCCGUGCACUAUUUUGGUAUUACUGAAUUCUAUCUUUCCAUAUUCAAAGUCUUCCUGAUGCUUGGCUUGAUGAUGUAUACAUUCAUCACUAUGGUCGGUGGAAACCCGGACCAUGACGCUUAUGGCUUCCGGUAUUGGAACAAUCCAGGAUCAUUCGUCGAGCAUCUGGCACCAGGAAACACCGGUCGCUUUCUUGGAGUGCUGUCUUGCAUGAUUCAAGGAUCCUUCACCAUGGUUGGGCCAGAAUUUAUUUCCAUGGCAGCCGCCGAAGCAGAGAAUCCCCGAAAACUUAUGAAAAGAGCCUACGACUCAUUUGUAUGGCGUCUCAUGUUUUUCUUUCUCGGGGGUGCUCUUUGCGUUGGUAUCGUUAUUCCAUAUGACGAUGAGCUUUUGAGCCAGUAUAUUUCUGGUAGCAAAUCUGGAAGCGGAACCGGAGCUGCGUUCGUUUAUUUUCCCACUAUUCGAAGGCCACGGUAUUGUACUAAUCACGAUUUUAGUUCACCUUAUGUUAUCUCGAUGGUAGAAUUUGGCAUUAAGGGUGUUCCCGAUCUAGUCAACGCUUUGAUCAUGACAUCAGUUCUGUCAGCCGGCAACAAUGUUGUUUUCUCUGCUGCGAGAACUCUUCACGGCAUGGCAGUAGACGGUAAAGCUCCAUCUAUAUUUGCCAAAUGCAACAAGUUCGGCAUCCCAUAUUACGCAGUAAUUGCAGCCCUUUCGUUCUGCUUAUUGUCCCUCUUGCAACUAAGCAAGUCAUCAUCGACGGUGCUUGACUGGCUAGUAGGAAUUUGCACAGCCUCGUACCUCCUGAACUACUUUGGAACAGUACUCACCUAUUUGCAUUUCCAUGAAGCCUUGAAGAAACAAGGUGUUGAUAGAAAUACUCUCCCUUAUAGAGGUCGUUUUCAGCCAUAUGCCGCUUGGUACGCCCUUUUCGGAACUUUUAUUAUGACGCUGAUUCUUGGAUAUAAUGUUUUCAUACACGGUCAGUGGGAUAUUACGACAUUCUUCACGAACUAUACCAUGGUUGGGUUCUUCCCCGUUGCAUACGUGUUUUGGAAGGUUGUUAAGCGUACCAAGUACGUCAAGCCUGGAACGGCCGACCUCAAUCUUGGAACUGUGAAGGAAGAAAUCGAUCUAUAUGAGGCGCUCUACGAGCCACCAAGACGAGGAAAGAUCGGCACUUAUUUUAACAAGUUUUUUGAAUAG